AUGAGCAACUCAUCACUUACCAGCAUUACUGUUGCAGGAGCCACUGGCGUUCUGGGUUUUCAUAUUGCCCAAGCCUUAUUGAACGAUGGAUCUUUUAGAGUGAAGGUUCUUCGAAGACUGCCAGAAACCUCAAAUGAGAAAGCCGAAUUAUUGGCUUCCAAGGGUGCAGAAAUUGUAUACGUUGAUUAUAAUCGACAUGACGAUCUUGUCAAAGCUCUUAACGGAACCGAUGCUCUAAUCAGUGCUGUAGCUCCCGGACGGACCGCUGCCGUUUAUGACUUUGAUGCUCUUCAAACUCCUUUAUUGAAUGCUGCCAAAGCUGCCGGUGUAAAAAGGUUUAUUCCAUCGGAAUUUGGUAUAGACUAUGCAGUUGGAGAUCAUCCGGUGAGCGAUACCAAAGCCUCGUUCCGUGAAAAGGUUAAAAAUAGUGGACUUGAAUACACCAUUAUUUUGAACGGAUUGUUUGCAGAAUAUCUUGGCUGGUUUGGGUUUGAUGUCAAGAACAAGACUGCUACAUUCAACGCAGACGGCAGCGCCAAAUUGGCCGUUAUUUCUCUGUCGGAUGUCGGUAAAUUUACUGCCGAAUCUCUCAAGUUGAAUGAAAGUCGUAACACUACUAUCAAGGUUACUGGUUCGGUUUUGUCACUAAACGAGAUACUACAAAAGUUUGAACAAGCUACUGGCUCUAAAUGGAAAGUUGUCAUCGAUAAAGAAGUGAAAUACAGAUACCAGAAUAAGAUUGAACCAAUUCCUUCACCAUUAGAUGUGUAUAAAGCCGUUAUUUUGGAAAAAACAUUGGCCGAAAACCUUGAUAACGACAAGUUUAGUUUCACCCCUCGCCCUCUCAUUGAGGAUAUUGAG